CCGAUUCUGUCUAUUUCAUAUAUAUCAUUCUACAAUGAAAUCGUUGAACUUCAGAUAAAAAAAACAAUAGACUGAUUAUCUACUAUCAUUUAAAUUUACUUAACUAAUUAUACGUAUUUUAGUAGAUUUCAUGUUAGUGUUAUAUAUACAGAAAUAUUAUGGAUGACUCUAAUUUUAUAAACUUUGGUGCUGGACCUACACAACUACCAAAGCAGUAACGAUUCAGUGUGUACGAAUACAAAUCAAAAUACAAAAGAACUACAAUAAUAUGAAGCUUUCGUCAAUAGAAGCACAAGUUUUGAAAUAUUCCUGCUUUAAAGUUGAAGACGAUAUUUAUUGCUUCAUAUUAAAUGUGCUUAGGUACUUGAAGAAAUCCAAAGUGAAAUGCUAUCAUAUGAAAACAUUGGAAUAAGUAUUAUUGAACUGAGUCAUAGAAGUACAGAAUUUGGUGAACUGAAUAAAAAGGCGCAAGAAACAUUGAGGAAUUUACUAAAUAUUCCAUCAAAUUACAAAGUACUUUUUGUUCCUGGUGGUGGCCAAGGAGCGUUUUCAGCUAUACCAAUCAAUUUAAUUGGAAAAACAGGUAGUGCAGAUUACUUAGUUACUGGAACAUGGUCAAAAAUUGCUGCCGAAGAAGCUAAAAAGUAUGGGAAUAUAAACAUUGCAGUAAAACUUGAUACAAACGGUAGUAUUCCAGAUCCAAAAACAUGGAAACUGGAUCCAAAUGCUUCCUAUGUGUUUUACUGUGAUAAUGACACAAUUGACGGUGUUGAAUUUCCAUUUGUACCAGAUACCAAUAAUGUUCCGUUGGUAGUGGACAUGUGCUCAAAUCUUUUAACAAAACAAAUAGACGUAUCAAAAUUUGGUGUAAUAUUUGCAGCAUCUCAAAAAAAUUUGGGCACUGCCGGAAUAGCUGUUAUCAUAAUCCGUGAUGAUCUCUUGGGAUAUGCAACAGGAUAUUGUCCCAGUACAUUAAAUUUUACAUUACUGAACCAGUACAAUUCCAUAUUGAACACACCACCGAUAUUUCCAAUUUAUGUUACAAGCAAGAUUGUAGAAUGGGUGAAACAAAACGGAGGACUAGUGACAAUGGAAUCCCAAUGCAGGGAAAAAUCAAAUUUAAUUUACCAAGUGAUUGACAAUUCGAACGAUUUUUACUACACACCUGUUGAUAAAAAUGUACGAAGCAGAAUAAACAUCCCAUUUCGAAUAGGAGGUUCAGGUGGUGACGAAGAAUUGGAGAAAAUAUUUCUAGAAGAAGCUAAAACAGAGAAUAUGAUUGAUCUAAAAGGACACAGAUUAGUAGGAGGGAUAAGAGUUAGUUUAUAUAAUGCCAUAACUAUAGAAAACGUAAAAAAAUUGGUUGCAUUCAUGAUUUAUUUUAAAGACAAAUAUGGAAACAAAUGAUAAUCAUUUGAAACAAGUUUCUGAAUGAAUAUGUCCAAUAAAAUGGUUUUAUUAUUAAUAUUAUUAAAGUAUAAAUAAGAGUAUUCAA